AUGGAGACGUAUCACGGUCACGUCCGCACCCCAGCGGACGCCAUCAUCCUCUUCGAAGCUUGUCGCAUAGGCCUUCUCCCCCGAGUACAAAGGCGACUGUCGGAAAAAGAACGCCAGUUGAUCCGCUCAGGGUCUGUGUUUGUGUGGGAUGAAAGGGAAGCGGGUAUGCGAAGAUGGACCGAUGGCAAAUCCUGGAGUGCAAGUCGAGUCUCCGGCAGUUUCUUGACUUACCGCGAAAUGGAGGGAAAGCGGGGAGGAACCGGCGUAUCUCAAUCGACCAUGUCAAGAGGAGGCAAAACACCUGAUAGUGGGCGAGGCAGCGAUGAUGAUCGAGCGGACGGCGUGGACGAAGGACCUGACGGCUACCGAUACAAGCCUGAUGGUUUGAUGAAGCAGUCGUUCAGCAUCACCACCUCCACCGGACAACACCUACAUCUGAUCAGUUACUACUCAAGAUCGCACCCGUCUGCUGCCAACCUUCAGCAGCCCUCGACAGAUCCCGCCUUGCGACAUGUUCGACCUCAGAAAGGACUUUACCCGGAAUCUACCGUCAACGAUCAGCAGAAUCUUCCCGUUGUAACGCGUGGCCCUAUGGCUGGCGCUGCAUACGUCCCUCCCCAUCCGAUGGGACCGUAUGCUCGCGCUGCUGCUACGCAUCCUCCCUCUUAUACAACCUCGUACACGUGGCCACCAACUCCCCUGGCCACCCCACCCGUUCCGGUUCAUCACUAUCCCUCAUACUUGCCUCCAGUUUCUGCCGGAUCUCACGUCGCAUACGCUCACCACCCUGCGUCUUUACCUCCCGGUACCCCUUUACCCCCGCCUCCGCAGCCUCCUGGUUUGCAAACACCUCACGAGCGACCAGUGCAUGCAGUUGAAGUCGCGAUGCCACCGGUGUUGCCGCCGUCCUCGGUACAAAUGCUUGCAAGUCGAUCGCCGCGCACACCCGUGGAAGCGCAUGAAAUGCUACAUAGAAGCCCAUCAGAGCUUGCACAUCACGCAGAUAUUCGGAGGGCGUCUCCGCGCACUCAACCGCAUCCUCUCUCGCAUAGUAACGGUCUCGGCCCAGCUGUUCGCAGUCCUCGGCUCCUGAACCAGCCCCCAUCCAACGCCAUUCACAUCCCCCCUCCGAGUGCGGUGGUUUCCAAGCAGCUGGAGCCCAGCAGCUCUGGCACUGUUGUACCUAGUAUUGGGGCUUUAAUGAACGGCGCGCCACCUGGCGGAUUACCUUCGAUCACCGCUCCCCCAGUUCCAGCAACAGGACGGGCAGAGGGGCCCAAGGACAUUCCAAGCGAGAAAAUUGGAUUUGGCGGAGAGGAUAUGCGAGCCCUCCGGCAGCUCGACCGAGUCUUUACAGCUUAA